AUGGCCCACGUCGAGGACGUCAAAGGCCCUGUUGAGGCUCACGCUGAACCUCUCAGUGCUCAAAAAGCCGUCAUCCAAGAGGCACAAGCAGCGGCCGAUGUCGAGCAAGAACUGGGAUUGCUGAAGUCCAUCAAGCUCUACCCCAAAGCGAUAUGCUGGUCUGUUCUCUUGUCAACCGCCAUUAUCAUGGAAGGUUAUGACCUGCUGUUGAUGGGUUCUUUCUAUGCCUUACCUCCUUUCCAACAGAAGUAUGGGAAACAACUCCCCAAUGGCGAAGUCCAAAUCCCGGCCGCAUGGCAGUCGGGCCUUUCCAAUGGGGCUACCGUGGGAUCGAUCUUCGGUCUGAUGCUGAAUGGAUACGUUUCCGAGCGCUUUGGGUUCAAGAAGACAAUGCUUGGUGCACUUGCCCUGAUCUGUGGGCUUAUUUUCAUCCCUUUUUUCGCCCCGAGCCUUGAGGUCCUCCUCGUCGGCCAGAUUUUGAUGGGCAUACCCUGGGGCAUCUUCCAAACUCUUCCCACAGCAUAUGCAGCAGAGGUGACGCCGACUCACCUGCGAGCCUACCUCACGACAUAUGUCAACCUUUGCUGGGUGUUUGGUCAGCUCCUCGCAUCCGGAGUGCUGCGUGCUCUACUCACGCGAGACGAUCAAUGGGCGUAUCGCAUCCCCUUCGCCCUCCAGUGGGUUUGGCCGAUCCCGCUCAUUAUCGGAAUUUCAAUGGCCCCAGAGUCACCAUGGUGGCUGGUGAGGCAGAAUCGACUUGCCGAUGCCAAAGCCGCACUUGCUCGGUUGACUGCUAGGAACGGAGCCGUUGAUCUGGACAAGGCGGUCACGCUCAUGGUAUACACGACAGAACAUGAGAAGGAGUUGGGGACCGGGACAACCUACCUUGAUUGCUUCAGAGGUAUCGACCUGCGCAGAACCAUCAUUGCGUGUGGCUGCUGGCUGAUCCAGACGCUCUCGGGUGCCAGUUUCCGCACGUAUUCGACAUACUUUUACAAGCAAGCCGGGUUGGCGACCGAUCAGGCCUUCAACAUGGCGAUCGGUCAAUACGCUCUGGGCAUCGUCGGCGUCUUCACCGCCUGGUUCCUUCUCCCUCGCUUUGGUCGCCGAACUAUUUAUCUGAUCGGUCUGGCGUGUAUGACCACUCUUCUUAUCACUAUCGGCAUCCUGGGAGCAGUAUCGAACCCUCCCACGACCGGGAUCGCCUGGAGUGUGGGAUCGCUGCUCUUGGUGUACACCUUCUUCUACGACGUCUCUGUCGGACCUGUCUGCUACAGCCUCGUCUCCGAGAUCCCUUCCGUACGCCUUCGAAGCAAGUCCAUCGUCCUGGCGCGUGCAUCGUAUAACUGUUUGAACAUCGUGACAGGAGUCAUAACCCCAUACAUGCUCAAUCCGGGAGCAUGGAACUGGGGAGCCAAGACUGGCUUCUUUUACGGCGGAACAUGUGUCUUGAGUGUCUUGUUCACCUUCUUCUGUAUUCCAGAGCCCAAGGGACGUACGUUCGCCGAGCUCGAUAUCCUCUUCCAGAAAAAGACACCAACCAGGAUGUUCGCAAAGACGCACGUCAGUUUGUUCGACGCCACCGCUCUUGAUGAGAAGUAUGAGAAGGAAUGA